AUGUCGUACAAGUCUGAUGGUGGCCGUAUACCCCGGCUGAGAGAGUUGGGGCAUCGAUCUCGAAACGCUUCUACACCAACGAUCGCCACCUUGCCCAGCGGUUAUGGGUCGGCGAAUUCAUCAUACUCAGGGCCACAAAUCCCAAGACUGGCGAUGCGCCCAACAAAAUCCAGAAGGGCGGCGUCGAUGUCGGAAGCAGAAGAGAACCGCCCAAUCGUUGCACAAUCAAACUUCGUCCUCUCCUCGGAUCCUCGUCCGUACAUGCCCCCCCGAGCACCCACGCACCCACCGGAAUCCUACUCCACGUUGAAUCAGCACGUGCACCGAACCCUGCAUACUCCUGUCGUACCUCAGACCCCUAUCGACAACCGCCCGCCAGUUCAAACUCGACCACGAAAUGUUUUACGGAGAAAGGCGCCUACAAUAGGUCAGCAAAACGCCAAUAGCAAGCUUCAGGCGGACUCGAUGCGGCCCAGUGGUUUGAAUGUGAUUAUUCCGAGUAUCACUGCUUCGGAUCGCCACCAAUACAGUUCAUCGCAGUCUUCCAGUCGGACAGAAUUGGCCAGGGAAUCUCGGUCGCCGAUGCUUUCUCCUGACAAAGUCACGACUGUGUCGGCGGAGCAGAAGGUACAUAACGGCCCUAAGGAGCUGGCGAGUCUUCGGACCACUAUAAAUACUCGGGACCUUGCCCCUUCCACCCCUAUAUUCCCUUCGGCAAGCACGCCAUCGACAAGAUAUUCUGGGUCGCCCGGUGUCUGGACCCAGUCCCUCACAUACCAGAUUACCGAUAUUUUCACCCCAGACGCAGAAGCCAGGACUCCCAUGUAG